AUGACCAAGAUUAGGAUCAUUUGCGUGUCAACGCUGCUCGCCGUGGCCUUAGGCCACAGGUCAGCAUCGUAUGACCUAAAUACGGAGGAGAUUAUUAUGGGGAAACAAAGUCUAGACGAACAGCUUGCUUCGAUUUAUGAACGAGAUCAGGUCAAUAUGGAGUUGCCUGUUCGCAAGGGCCUUGUUCGGUUUGCCGUCGACAAGCCCCAGCUAAAAAGAUCGACAAAUGUACCAAAGGGCAACUUUAUCCAGGGAAAAUCUGUCAAUAGCCACGUAGGUUUCCAGAAUGGCAACCUGACGUCGAAUAUUCUCAACGGCGCCCUUAAACGUGCGGAAAGCUCAAAGACCCGCGAGGUUUGCCCCAGCUUUUCCGAUUGGGUAAUUCGCACUGAGGCAGAAGAUCCGUAUGGCAAUCGAGUGACAGUACUUGAGCAUGUGCCGAUUAAUGGAACCCUUGUGCGUCAAUACUUUUAUGAAACGUUCUGUCACGCUACAGAUUCAACCGAAGAGAAUCCCCGACCACUGGACAAAAACCAGCACCGAGAAUGUCUUGGCAUUGACAAGGGACAAUGGAAUUCCCGCUGCCGUGAAAAUUACAUCUGGACCUAUGGCAAAGUAUUAAAGGAUGACGGAAAAAUCGGCUGGAGCGUCAUAGCCAUCCGGGGAUCUUGUUCGUGCGGUGUCAGCCGCAAGGGUCAUCGUCUAGGCAAUUACUUCGACGAAUUCAUCGAAUAGGCAGCACUAGUGAAAUCGAACAAAUACAUGAGUUGUGGAAACGCUAUUAGUAUUUUACCGUACCAGCCGUUGAAUGUUAGAAAGUUACCCUAUUCAAUUUUUCUAAAAGGCGGAAUUAAUGCACACAGCUAGGGCCGAAUGAUACAUAGGCACCUGGUGUAGUGGCGGACUCAACCUCGACGGCUGAACUCUGUUCCGCCGAGACUGAUACCGACUAAAGCACCCCCUCCACUCUUUGCCAGCCCGGAACCUUAUUGAAUACUACUACGGACUGGCAAAAGAAAUGCUAUAUGCCUACGAAUCAGGUUUAAUACACGCUUUCGUCAAAAGGACCUAGAACACGUUGAUUUAUAGAAGCUAAUUUUUUUCCCUAAACCACUAGAGAAAAACCAAUGGUACUGCUGAAUACGGCGGAAGACGAUAUCGCGAACAAGUCGGCGACAGGAGUCUGUGUCGCUUGUUACAAUCGUCUUAUAUGUCCCAUUGUAGAUCUAAGCUGUUAACUUCUUCACUAACUAUAAGUAUUCAAUGACGAUUUUAGUCUAAAUAACAUUAGCGGAUUUGAUACAAUACCGAUGCCGUUUUGUUACAAACAAAUAUCAAGCUAUGUCAUUGCUUGUUUGCCAAACAGUUAUUCCGUUCGUUGGCCGACAGGUCUCACUGAGACCGAUAUGAACUUCUGUAAUGUAGACAAAAAUAAUUAUCUAUCAUUUUGCUAUGCCUGCUAGACUAUAUAAAGUUGUAAGAUAUCCACCUCGUAAAGCACGCAACAGCGGACAUUUGAAUGAUUCCGUAAAGUAGUGAAGUGUGAUAAACCAUGCUUAAUCGAUUGUUUUAUUUUAAGGAAUAUCGUUCCUAUGUAAAGAUUAUGCUUCAUUUGGCUAGCUCAAACAAAGCCAUAUUUUCUAGACGUUUCAAUAUGGCAAAAAAUGAUCAUUUACCUAGAUAAACAUUAGGAGUUGCUGACUCUGGAGGCUAUCCACAAAGCUGCAUUAAGAAAGGGGAAAUAUAAACAAGCAUAGCGGAAUGCCAUGGGCCGACUUGUUCUAACACGAUCGUGCCUCUGAACCAUUAUUAUUUGUAUAGGAAUCAUUGGGACGGAUAUUGUUACUGUUUCCAAUGUGAUAGUUAUCAUCGUGACAAUGGCUAUUAUGAUAUAUGUAGUCUGCCGAAGAAAGGAGCACUGGCAAAAUAGGCGUCCUUAUUGGCUAUGCCGUAUAGUCUGUCCGUUGUCAAACUCAA